AUGAAGAGCGUAGGGGCUGUCAGUGAGAACAGUCUGGAGCUGAGUGAUGGCUGUCGGGAGAACCUUGUGCCUUAUGUCUCUGCCAGGAUGGAUGAGCUCAAGGAAGAGUGUCGGAGAAUCUCUGAGACUGCCUUCAUCAUCUUGACACUGAACGAUCCUCAGUCAGACUCCUCUAAAGUGGAGCAGUGGGGCAGCUUAAUACCGUGGAGAAGUACUUUGACAUCAGAUGUUCUGAAUGACGCCAUCUUUGAUGAAGAUCAUGAUGAGAUGGUAAUUGUGAAGGACAUAGACAUGUUCUCAUUGUGUGAGCAUCACCUCGUUCCAUUUGUUGGAAAGGUACAUAUUGGCUAUCUUCCUAACAAACAAGUACUUGGCCUCAGCAAGCUUGCUAGGAUCGUGGAAAUAUACAGUAGAAGAUUACAAGUCCAGGAACGCCUUACCAAACAAAUUGCAAUAGCCAUCACAGAAGCCUUACAGCCCGCUGGAGUUGGAGUGGUUAUUGAAGCUACGCAUAUGUGUAUGGUAAUGCGUGGGGUACAGAAAAUGAACAGUAAAACAGUAACCAGCACAAUGUUGGGGGUAUUCCGGGAAGAUCCAAAGACCCGUGAAGAAUUCUUGACGCUCAUCAGGAGCUGAAACUGUGUUACUCUCUAAAUGCACUCUGGAGAUUGUUCGGUCCGGUGUCACUGUCUGUUCUUACUUGUUCCUACAUUUCACUUUUAAACUAAAUCGUUGUGAAUUGUUGUCGUAGUCUUUGUUCAGUAAAAGACUUCUGAUGGCAAA